ACAAGAAGCCUAAUUAUGAAUCGCAAACGACCUCUAUGAUGUCCACAUCAUCGUCAUUUGCAGUUAAUUAUGAAUCGUAAACGACCUCUAUGAUGUCCACACCAUCGUCAGACAGAAAGAGAAGCCAUGCUAGAAGAAAACGCGGCCGACUUCGUCUGUCGUCGCCGGUCGGGCAUGGAAGACGACCACCCCUUGAAGGAGGAGAAGCUUGCUGUGGUACGGUUCGAGGAGGAGGCUGCGUAGUACAUGGAGGGAAGUAUGCGGCACGACAAGGCGAUCACUGUACGCAAGAAGGAACAAGGAAACCUGGACUCUCGCAGCUUUCUAGUCGGCGAAAACUAAAAAGACGAGCACGAGCUAGGGAUGAGCUGAACAGAAAUGGGCUUACCCUCGAGCUGCAAGCGGUGAAUCACGCCCGACAUCGCCCAGAACGACCACCAGACGAAGGCAAUGCCACGUCAUCGUCCACACAGCGAACGUCAACGCGGACCCCUCGUAUGCGCAUUUGUCCUCGUUCCAUGGUCCUUGCGUCGUCUGGCGUAGGGGUUCAUGCAACAUCGUGGUUCACGGGAGCAUCUAAAAGAGGCACAACAGAACGAGGGGGCAGUCCAAGCCAUACAAAUGGAGCCGUAGCAGAUGCAAUGGAUGCAGUAGGAGUAGCAGCUGCAGUGGAUGCGGCAGAUGCAAAUGGAGU